AAAACUCUUUAACACCUGUAUUGGAUAAUGGUGAAGCUUCUACAAUUUUCAAAAUUCUUGUCCUUAAUUUCUUUUCAUAAAAUCCGAAGCAUCACCACCAGCAUGUCCAUAAACCUUAACUCCCACGCCUUCGCCGGAAACCCACUGAGAUCCAAAACACCCAAUAAAAACGACCUGUUUUCACCCACAAUCGCACUCCAAACCCUCAAAUCCCGAAUCAUCGAUAACACCCAUCACCAAUCACCUAAUUUCAAGGUACUUCCCUUCAGAAACGGAAAGCCCCUCGCAACUUCCAGUCAUGGUGACUCAUGGAGACUCGGUUGGAUCGCUCUCACAGAGCUCACUGGAUUAUUGGCUCCUGAACUCAGCGCCGACUCCUUUGUGUAUCUGGGUUCGGAUGCUGAACAAGAUGCGGUUUACUGGACGAUUGACUUGUCUGGUGAGAGUGGGUUUGUGCCUGAAUUUGAUGGCCUACGGUUCAGCUAUGUGGAGCUCAGAACGCUUAUGGUUGCUACUGAUUGGCUUGAUUCCAUAGCCAUGGGAAACUUGUCUAUUGCUGGUCAUGCCAGAGCACUGUUAGAAUGGCAUAAUAUAUCACGUUUUUGUGGACAUUGUGGAGACAAAACAGUCCCAAUGGAAGCUGGGAGGCGGAAGCAGUGUUCAAAUGAAUCAUGCAAAAAGAGGAUAUAUCCACGAGUUGACCCGGUGGUUAUUAUGCUGGUAAUUGAUCCAGAGAAUAAUCGUGCUCUUUUGAGCAAACAAUCCAGAUUUGUGCCUAGAAUGUGGAGCUGCUUAGCAGGUUUUAUAGAGCCCGGAGAAAGCUUGGAGGAGGCUGUAAGAAGAGAAACAUGGGAGGAGACUGGUAUUGAAGUGGGAGAAGUUGUAUAUCACAGUUCUCAGCCAUGGCCUGUUGGACCAAACAGCAUGCCAUGCCAGCUGAUGGUUGGAUUCUUUGCAUAUGCUAAAUCUCUUGAAAUUAAUGUGGACAAGGAGGAGUUGGAAGAUGCUCAGUGGCACAGUAGAGAAGAUGUAAGAAAAGCUCUGACAUUUGCAGAGUACAAGAAAGCCCAAACAACUGCUGCAGCAAAGGUGGAACAAAUGUGUAAAGGAGUAGAAAAAACUCACAGCUUGUCUACAGAUUUUAAUGUGGAAAGUGGCGAACUUACACCAAUGUUUGUUCCUGGACCAUUUGCAAUAGCCCAUCACCUUAUUUCCUCUUGGGCAUUCUCAGAUCAAACUUGCCAUUCAAAACCACUGAGUAGUUCUGUUUCGAAUUUGUAGGAUUAAUAGAAUUGUUUUAAAGACAGCUAUGAGUAUAAAGCUUAUCUUAUUUAUUGUAAUGUAUCUCUAGAAGGUCUAGAGUGGCCAAAGUGGUUUUGAAAAUUUAACAUCCUAUUGUUGUAAGGAUUAAGCAUACUUAGAAUUGGAACAUCUACCAUUGAUGUCGCUCAUAGCAGUCACAAUAGACAAUGUCCAAUAUAGUUUAUUUACAAGUAUUAUAUAGAAUAAGGGUGAACGUUUACUGUCA